GAAAAAGAUCAGCCGCGCUCCGCUGCACUGCCCCGAGGAUGGUGGCCGGGUCUCCUGCACUGCUCCUCCUGCUCAGCCUGGGGCUCUGCUGCACCGGUGCCCAGGGACACAGGGAUGCAGUGGUGGUCAGGUUUCUCAACAGGAGCAUCAUACAGCCCCAGAAGGGACAGAGGCUGGAGCUGAACUGCAUGAGAAACAAUGACUCCUGGAAAGUAUCCUGGAUCCGCCUGGACAAGAGUGGGAAUGUUCACUUCAUUCUCUCCAGUUACAAUACGAACACCACCACAUUUAAUGGGGGUGAGAGAACAUCUCCACACUUUGAGGCAUCAUGGAGAGUCAGCACCUCUACGCUGGUUGUGAAAUCCUUCAGGGCAGAAGAUGAGGGGAUCUACUUCUGUGUCAACUACAUCACCCCGGUGUUGCACUUCAGCUCUGGACAACCUGCCUUCCUCCCAGCAGUCGCAUCAAGAACUUCACCCACCACACUCACUGCCUACAAUCAGAGCAGCCAGGUUACCAAGAAGGACAUCUCCCAGCACAGUUCAGGCCCAGGAGCAAGCCAUGAGAACAUGCUGCAUUUCUGCUCUGAUAUAGUCAUGUGGACUAACCUGGCCUGUGCCUGCCUUCUGCUCCUCACUGCCAUAACCAUCACCAUCACGCACUGCCAAAGACCAAGCUCACCGUAAGCAAGCAGUGCUGCAACGCUGCUCAGCAGAAGGCACACAGGCAUCCGCCACAAGCACCGCACUGAUACCAUCAAUAACACAAACAGCUGCCCUGAUGGAGAGUGGGCAUUUGGCUGAUCCUUCUCUGCCCAUUCAGCAAUCACACCCAAAACUCAGCUCUCAGACCCCAAGCUACCUCUCACUUCUGAAGACUUCCAGAUUAAACGCUUCUAAUUCUUAAUGCUCA